GGUAAAGAUGCUAAACAAUUGUCCUCUUCCUGGGAAACAGAGAACAAGCAUUUGUGGUGUGCUUCUUCCUAACUGCAGUGGGAAGGACACAUUUGAAGUAUGAUGGAAAUACAGGGAUCCAACCAAACGGUGAACAUACAGUUAAGCGAGUUGGCGAAGGAAACGAAGGAGCUGAUGAUAAGUUGCAACGACCGGGAACCUAUCCACCUCUCUCAUUCUCUACUUGAGACGGACAUUCUCCUUGAAAGGUUGAGUCUAAGACACGUUAACCUGAUUCCUGAGGUCAAAGAUGAAGAGCGAAAACCUCCAGCACGCCUUCGGCGCCGAAUAUCCUCAUUCGGGAGCAAGUCACAUGAGAUAGCAGAAGAAGUGAAGCAACUUAAAGAUAAACAGGAACUUGAACUGUAUAAAACUGUGUUCGCUAAGUGGAGUGGGUUAACUCAUCUUGAAAUAGUGGAUGGUGCCGGGGUAUUGACGGAGCCGCUUCAUUUCAUUAAGUCUCUCCCCGUUGUUGUUCCCCAGCUCGAAUCUCUUAAGAUCAAGAAGACGAUGGAUAGCAGAUCAACAGGGGACGAUUACAUGAUCCUUGAUAGUGGCACCAUGAGCUCGCUGGCCCAACUUGACAACCUCAGAGUACUUCACUUGCUGGGGUUCGCAGGUCGACAGGACCGGUACCAACGGUACCUGUUCACAAACCUGGACGAUGCAGUGGAGACUCUAGCUCACAAAGGCAGACUGGAGGAGUUUCAUUUUAGUCAGUCUGGCAUCUCAUACAGAAGCAUUUUCGCUCUCAUUAGACACUGCAAAAAUCUUAGAGAAAUGACUGUGUGGAGUAGGUUCGGAGAGCCGGGCCUGUUCAUGUUGCAUCACAACCUUCCUUUCCUGAACCUAGCGGAUCAUCAUCAGAACAGUGCCGUGUAUGAACCCGAGGAGGACUCUCCCAGACAACUCACCAUGUCUCUCACCAACGUGGUCAUGGAGCAGUCCAGAUACGAUCCAGCCUGGAUAAACGACACGUAUCCUGAAGAGAAAAUAACAGUUAAAGAUCUUCUGCAGGCCGAGGAGAAGAACGGAGUGGAUCGGUCUGACGGAGAAUAAAUAUGUUUUAAGGAGGAUGUUUUAAUCUUAGGAAAGUUUUAGCCGGGAACGGGUUUGAUUUUUAUCUAGAAAUAAAUCUUUGGAAAUUAC